GUCAACAUCCCAGCACUCGCAGAGGUACUGUUCCCAUGUGCAUAAAUCACCCAUCUCCUCUACCUUAUUUUUUAUUUCGUGUGGCAUGCUUACGAGGCGCGGCGCCUUUUGUUUUUCGGAAUUCGCCACAUAUGUCGCGCCACUGGGCUGCUAGCCGCUGGGCUAAGCUAGCUAAACUGAGCCGAGUUAAGCUCGUGCGUGGGGGCGUGUAGCGCCGCGCGAGUUUAAUUUUGGUUCGCGUUGUUUUUUUUUCGCGCGGCGACACCGAAAGCUUGCUAUUCGUUUUAUUUUUUUUAUUUUUUUUCCAAUGAAUUAUCUUCCUCCGCGCCCUCCUUUUGUCUGCAGUUUAUAAAUAAAGCAGCGCAGCCGCAGCACGGCUGUGGAAAUAAAAAAUGGACACGAGAGCGUUGAAGAAUCCGUACGCAGAUUACGAUGGGAGUCCCGCUUCAACGCAGGCGUUCUUCGACUGUCAGGGGAAGCUCACGCCGGAGUUUGCGCAUAGGCUGAGCAGCAGCGUGAGCGAGCUGCUGGCCGUCAUGGAAAAUGGGCUGAAAUCCGCCGAUCCCAGAGACUGCACCACCUACACAGGCUGGGCAGGCGUGGCGUUGCUGUACCUGCACCUCCACGGCGUGUUCCAGGAGACCGCCUUCCUCCAGAAGGCGCUGGAGCACGUGAGCCGGGGCCUGCGCUGCCUGACCCGCCGCCGCGACGUCACCUUCCUGUGCGGCGACGCGGGGCCGCUGGCCGUGGCCGCCGUGGUCUACUGCCGCCUCCAGAGGUUCCAGGAGGCCGACGAGUGCAUCAACAGACUGAUGCAGUACCACCAGACGGUGGUGAAGGGUGCGGGGGAGCUGCCCGACGAGCUGCUAUACGGGCGGGCGGGCUACCUUUACGCCCUCGUCUUCAUCAACCAGCAGCUGGGGCAGGACAGGAUCCCUCUGCAGUACAUCCAGCAGAUCAGCGAGGCCAUACUGAUGUCGGGUGAACAGCUCAGCAGGAAGUUCCGGGUCCAGAACCAGAGCCCCCUGAUGUACGAGUGGUACCAGGAGCAGUACGUGGGGGCCGCCCACGGCCUGGCCGGCAUCUACUACUUCCUCAUGCAGCCGGGCCUGGUGUCCACCGAGGAGCACGUGCACAGGCUGGUGAAGCCCAGCGUGGACCACGUCUGCCGCCUCAAGCUCCCCACGGGGAACUACCCCCCCCUGCAUCGGGGACGACCGGGACCUGCUGGUGCACUGGUGCCACGGCUCCCCGGGGGUCAUCUACAUGCUGCUGCAGGCGCGUUCGGGAUCCCGCAGUACCUGGAGGAUGCCCUGCACUGCGGGGAGGUGGUGUGGCACUGGGGGCUGCUGAAGAAGGGCUAUGGGCUGUGCCACGGCGCGGCCGGCAACGCCUACGCCUUCCUGGCCCUCUACCGACAGACGCAGGAGGCCAAGCACCUCUACAGGGCCUGCAUGUUUGCGGACUGGUGCAUGAACUUUGGCCGGCAUGGAUGCCGGACACCCGACCGGCCCUUCUCCCUCUUCGAAGGCAUGGCCGGUACCAUCUACUUCCUGGCAGACCUUCUGCAGCCCAUGAGAUCAAAGUUCCCGGCCUUCGAGGUGUAGUAAAGGUCCAAGAUUCGUUCUCUACACCCACCCUCCAACACCCACCCGCAACAGACAACUUCACCACAAGGACGCUUUACCGCAUCUGGGGGCUCCAGCUGCCGGUGCCGUGCCACGUAUCCCUCCCCCCCCCCCCCACGCCGCGUCUCGUAAACAAUGGGAUUCUUCUGCUUUCCGUAACUUCCUGGUCUGGCAUGCGUGUUCUCUUAAAGAUUAUCACACUAAAGAAGGGGACCUAGUCUUUAAAAUCUCUUGAAAAAAAAAAAAAAAAAGAAAAACUGUAAUUUAAGUUUUUUUUUAUGUACGUGUUCGUAUAUUUUUGUCCUGUAGAAUUUUUGAAACGGACGCUUUUACGUUCGUCGAUCUAACUUAAAAAGAUAACGACACCGCCGCUAAGCUCUCGAAAGGUAACAGCCCGCAUCACGUGACCCAGGCUCUACACCCCGAAAUGUUGUGUGUAAGCUGUCACCCGCUCUGAGCAAUAAACUCUCAAAUCAUGUCUGAAUUUUUGAUGGUCUCUUAUGCAGUAGCACGCAACAGCCACAGGGGGGCAGCAGAAAACAGCCCAUGAAACAUGGGUGAAGUCUAUGAACCAGGUAAUCAUUUUCCUUCCAGUUUUGUGCUAAUUAGAUCAAAUAUUACAUAUUUAUUUGAUAAGGGAGUGGGAUUCUGUAUAGAUAGGAUCAACAAGAAUGCAAGACCCUAGCAAAUCACUUUUUUAUUUUUAUCUUAAAACAAUCUGAUAUAAGUUGGUUUAUUGGAAACUGUAAAAUCCUUCCUAUUCCUAUAAAUCCGUUUCCUAUGUGGACCCUUUGACUCACUAAAUGCGGUCCAUUCCCCAAAUGAGACUCGUAACAGAAAGAAAAGCCUAAAAACUGACCAGGGAAACUAUGCCACCCUCUUUUUUUUUUUUUUUUAAACCCUGUUUCUUUUUUUCCCCCCCAAAUCUGGGGGGGAGAGGUGGGUGUUU